ACCAAACUUACAAACAAUAUUAUUCCAAGUAUCUAGGGUUGCUAGAGAAACGAGAAAUGGCAAGAACAGAGCUAGUUUCAGUAGAGAACCCAAUAGUUGAACAUCCAUUUUACCCCCCUGGGUUUUUGAAAAAGGUGGUGGCAGAGAUAAUAGCUACGUUUCUGCUGGUGUUUGUGACAUGUGGUUCGGCUGCUCUCUCUGCCAGUGAUGAACGCAAAGUCUCAAAGCUUGGAGCUUCAAUGACCGGAGGGCUUAUAGUGACGGUGAUGAUCUACGCAGUCGGGCACAUCUCUGGGGCACACAUGAACCCGGCCGUCACUCUUGCUUUCGCUACUUUUAGACAUUUUCCAUGGAAACAGGUGCCAGUUUAUGCAUUAGCACAACUAAUUGGAUCAAUAUCAGCCUCAUUUGCUGUGUCUGCAUUACUGCACCCCAUUAAGCAUGUGGGAACUACAUCACCUUCUGGAUCAGAGCUUCAAGCUCUGGUCACAGAGAUAAUCGUGACAUUUUCUAUGAUGUUCAUCACUUCAGCAGUUGCCACCGAUACUAAAGCUAUAGGAGAGCUAGCAGGUAUAGCAGUUGGGUCUGCAGUAUGCAUAACAUCCAUCUUUGCUGGACCAAUAUCAGGUGGAUCUAUGAAUCCAGCCAGGACAAUCGGACCAGCGCUUGCUAGUGCAUACUACAACGGGAUAUGGAUCUACAUGGUCGGACCGGUGAUCGGAGCACUACUAGGGGCAUGGUCUUACAGCUUCAUUCGGGUGAAUGACAAGCCUGUUCAGGCCAGUCCACCACGUUCACUUUCACUCCAGCUUCGUCGAAUAAAGAGCGAUGUGCAGGCUGCUUCCAUCUGCAAAGAUCCUCUAGAUUUUGCUUGAAAUUAAUUUGCAACUCUAUAUAUGCAGGAAGAAAAUGAUUCUAGGCCUCAAAUCUAUGUGGCAUGUUAAAUAACUUAGAACUAGUUUGGUAUUGUUGUGACUUUAAAAAUAAAAAAAAAAUAAAAAAAAAAAACUGUUGUUGUUGUACUAUGAAAAUAAUCAGCUGUGAAUAAAAACAGUUUUUUGUUUGGUAAAAAUUAGUUUUAAAAAUGCUGCCAAGAUAAAAUUUAUUAAUUUUUAGUGUUUUUAGUGACAACUGCCAGUACCUGUAAUUUUAAAAUAAAAAAAACUGUUUUAUUUUCAUUUACCAAACACUAUAAAAUCUAAAAGUUUGGAUAUAAACUGUUUUUUUUAAAACGAUUUUUUUAAUAUUGUUUACACCCAAAUUAA